AUAUGGUUCUACCGAAAUGUGGGUCUUUUCUGAAGUACAUGGCCUUAUAAGCCACAAGACGCACAAGACUGUGCUGCUGACAGUUACUGUUAUGAGAACCUCAGAUGCAACGUAAGCUUUGUUGUCACUGUUGCACGUUAACACGUCAGACUUCACAAAGCUGGCUCAAAAUAGACGGAAAUGCCGCUAAUUCUACGCUGCGUUCCUGUGGUGGACGAUUUCUCAUGUUGCUGCUGCUGCAGAAUAUCCCUGAAGACGAGUACGAAGCUGAUAGGAUGGAUUGUCUUGAUUAUAAGCGUAUGUCGUUCCAUAAGACACGCUGCACAUUUGCCACAAUUUCGAGAAAUCGAAUUCCGAACUCCAACGAGAGUUUCAGAAAGCACGGAAUUCCUCAUCUUUGAACUAGGGGCAUACAUGACAAUGGCGCUACUGAGCGUGCUGUUGCUGCUUGGAGUUCAUUGCGAGAUCCCAGUUCUGAUGCUCCCAUACUUGCUCAUGCAGUUACUGUUGGUCACUUUGCUAGCAGUACUACACACAAUGCUCGCCCUCGUCUCGACUGGUAGCUCCAUGGGUUACGGAUUCCUGGUGGUCACGAUUUGUGCUGCCUUCAUAGGGAUGACGUCAUACCUGUGGGUGACACAGUACAACUGCUACCGGCAGUCCAUCGAGAAGCGCCGUUGCACUUGUGGAAAAGCAUCAGAAGCUAUGAGGAAGUGCGCAGACAGCGGAAUGUACCACACAGAGGAGAAGCAAGACGAUUAUUCGGCCCUGGGUGCUGUAUUCACGAUGUACGCAUUGACUAUGCUCAACAACGAGAAUAACCAAACGCAGGGUUGAGGCUUGUUCUGAGUAGUUAUUAGGCGAGGAAACCUAUCUGGAAAUUUAUCAUGGGGUUCCAUAAAAGGCCGGGAAUUUCUCGAAUAAUUGAGCGACUAUUAGCGUUUCAAGAUGGACUCUUCUUCAUCGAUUUACUACAGAGUGAUUCUACGUAUAUUAUUGUCGGCGUUUCCGUGGCCUAUAAGUUUGAACUUUUACAUGCCAAGAAAGGAGCGCAUGUCAAAAUUAUUCAGCACUCUGGAGAGCAUAUUCUAUAAGAAAUCAAAACUUUUUAGUUACACAUUCAUAUUUCCUCGAUAGUUUUACUUUGUUUUUUCUGAUUUGAAAAUUAUUGGCCAUGGAAAGUACGACAAUAAUUUAGAAUCACCCUGUAUAUCUGAAAUAUUUCGCUGAUCUCUGCUCCUUCUUAGUAUCAUCAAAGGGAAUUUUAGAUUAUUCGAGUGAGAGGCUAUAGUUUAAGUAUUAGACCUACAGCCAGAGGACCUGUGUCAACCUAAGAUGCGCCUUUUGUACAGUAAGAGUAACGGAGAGUACGAGAGUGAAUCAAUAAUUAAAAACUCGUUAAUACGUACAUCAUCAUCAUCGUUAGCUGCAGGAGUUAAUCUCAGUUUUCUGCUCCGUCCCCACUAAAUUCUUUCUCUGAAGAUUUUUUGCCCUUCGAAGAUUCUGUUUCCUUCAUAAAACCAAAACUCUAAACUCCUUUUGGGAUAUAGUUUUCAUCUAUCCCGCUAACAAGCUCCGAACAUUUAUUUCCGCAAUCCGAAAAUUAUAUCUGUGACACGACUGAACUCUGGCGUCGGCCCUAAUAACUUCAUCCUGUCCAUCAUUUCGGAAUGUAGGCCUGGGUUCUACUCUCGAUAUCUGAAAAUUCUCUUCGAGUACUGCUGCUGUUAUUUCUCGAGGAUCAUAUUAUAAGUCUAAUUAUUUAAUUCUAUUUCGUAACUUGUUGUCAAGAUUUCUGGCGCCAUAGUUUCCGUACACAGUGUCACUCAAAUUCCAUCAGCUUUUUUAAGCUGGUCCAUAAUUUUUAUAAACCAAGAUGCAUUGAAGUUAUUCGAAACUUCCUCACGGUAGGAAUGAUAUGCUUUUGGCUUUCCAUGGACUCUUCCAAAGUUCCAAAGCGACUGAAUUAUGUGGAAGAUAAUUCUGAACUCUAAGAAUGGUGCUGAAGCACAUGGCUGCCCACAUUUUGGACAGCUCAUAUUCUUACAGGAGACAGCUCUUAGUGGCGCUGCCUUCGCCAGUAGCAGCAAUGUGCUACCCAUCUGCUGUGUUAUCAGGCCUCAACAGAAAUGCAUUACACUUUGGGAUUUGACGCUAUUAUUAUCCUUGACCACUGCCGACAGAUGCCGACGGAAACAACCUCGUCUGUUAGUGACCUCAUGACAAAUAUACUGAAUAUUUGCUGCUUCCAUUAUCAGUAUUAAUACGAAUGGAACAACAAUAUAAUUUUUACUCCUGGCACCAGAAGUCCUAUUCACGAAGGGUCCAGUGAGCUAAGUCGUUUGAUCCCAAAGGCAAAGUUACAAAAUAAUUCACUCCUGGAAUUUCUUCACGUUCAAGAUGUUUCCGAUUAUAUAAGAUUGUUAAGCCUAUGAAGCAUUUUUCUCGUUAUGUCUACACAGUUGCGAGCAUCAUUGAGAAUUGUCAUAUUCUUUAAAUGGCAAUAUGAAGACCUGUGGAUCUACCAAAGAGGCCACAGAACUUGUGGGUUUGCUCCGUCACCUUGUCUUCACCCAUACUGAGUCGACGUUUUAUAAUAUAUUUACACUGUAUCCUGUAGAAGGAUUGUGAUUUUUAGCAGUAUUUGUGAAUUUGUAUUCAGGAAGGGACAAACUGAAUCAUUUAAAACAAAAGACUUCUAUUUUAUCUAUGAAAAGUAUUGAAAUCUUGUGAAAAGUACAGGCUCAAAAUUCACACCAAUUAGAAUUAUACUAUCUAGAUCAACUGUUCAGUGCAGUUUUCUGAAGUUAUAUCAUGAAAGUUGAAAACAGUCUGAAUCUCGACAAAUGAAAAGCUGCACAGAUAUGAACAAGUGAAUUGUGUAAUUAUUAAUCUAUACUUGUUGCUAGAUUCGCCAUGCAUAUUGAAAUAUUUAAGUAAAGUAGGUGUUAGUAAUCAUUAUGUUAGAAUGUUUAGAUCACUCUGGUAUUUGUGGUAGACCAACUGGUGCGAUCUUAUGACUUGCUAUUUCUGGUAAUGAAAAUUAACAGGAAAUACGUAUGACAGGACAUAACUAAAAUAUUAGAACAGAGCAUUCUUUGGGAUUAAGUAAACUAAAAUUUGUGGUUUUUAUUUAUUUUAAUAUAUAUUUUUUUAAUUUUUUAAACUUCUCAUAGAGAGUACUGAACGGUUCUUAAGUAUAUAUAUAUAUAUUGCAUCUGCUUCAUUUGUGGACCUUUUCUCCUGUUUCGACUGAAAAAUGAAUGGUAUUCCGAAGGUAAGAGAAUAGUUACUAAUGAAACUUCAAUAACGUAUAGAGAUACUUUAUUAGUUGAACCUGUUCUAAUUGAGACUUGUGACGCAGGGGCCGGUAGUGAAUAACACAUGGGUCCACGUAAUCAUGGACAAACUUGUCAAUAACAGAAUUUUAAAAGCAUAUAGCACAUUGAUAGCCAAGAACGAUUAUGAUACAAGAAAUGAAAUGUUAGUCUUUGUGUUUGUGUCUUGAGUGAAUGUUAAACUGUGUUGAACCUUACGCCUACUUCCAGACCUAAGACAACUUAAUUGUUACAUAUCAUGGUUAACAUGAAGCAGGCUGUUUCUGGACGUCUAAGAGUAACCUACAGUAGCAUAAAGGCCAGUGCUCUUGUCACCAUAGCAACAACAGCGGGAUAUACAACACGUCACGAAAGCAAAACGCAAUAAAACAACAUGGAAGGAAACUACAUUUGCCCGGUUUGUAAUGUCAUUCAGUUUGGCAGAAGUCCACCUCCUUUUCGCAGGAACAUGUCGCCUCUAUCAGAAAGAGUAAGUCAGAGAUGAAACCAGCAAAAUAAUGGGUCUCUUUCUCAACUUAAUCCUUAGGCCUAAAGAAGGAGAUAAGUGUUCCUCCGAAAAGUCGUUGGACACUUAUCACAAGGGGUUUCAACCUGGAAGAUCGAAGUCUUCUUAACCAGGGCUGUGUGUGGGAACGUAAAACUCAAACAUAGAAGAACCUCAUUGUCUGACUUCAUCUAUAAUUCUGAAUGAGCCAAACCUUCAAAAUACAUGGCGUUCAUUUGUAAUGUCUGGGUUACUGCGUGUGUGUGUGCGCGCGAAACAAGUAUUACUAGUGUUACGUAUAAUAUCUCUUCGUAGAUUAUAAUACAACGCUGUGAACAGUUACACUGUGUAAGAUGGAAUUAUAGGUUAAUAGAUGAAUAAAUAAUUGUGAAUGAUUUGUAAGAAAGUGACGGUGGCCUGAUCGAAGUAGUACCCUGAAAAGACUGAGGAAAGUAAUGAAAACCCCUCAGUCAUGAUAACGUCCCGGCCGGAAUUCGAAAUCGUCUCCUCCCGAAAGCGAUCGUAUAACUUUACUGCCCCUAUAUGUAUAGUGAGUAAUCAUCUGUUCAAUUAUUGCACUCAUGAGAGGGAAAGUAACAAGAGACUGGAAAAGAAUACAGAAUAAUAAACUUCAGUCUUAAUAGAGUGGUAAAAUCAUGUUAUGCUUGGGAGAGAGUAAACAUUAUUUCAGAAAUUUAAUCGAAAAAGCUGACGGGUCUCUAAUAUUCGGAAAAACUGGUCGUAGAUAGAAAGAUAAUAUAAAAAUGGUUCUUAAAAGGAAAAGAGUGGAUUGGAUUCACCUGGCUCUGGAUAAGGGGUAGUUGUGGGCUCUGAUAAACAUGACAAUAGAACUUAGGCUUUCAUAAAAGAUUAAUUUCUUGAUUAUCUGAGAGACUGAGUUUGUCAAGGAGGAUUCUACAACAUGAAGUUAGGAGAACGAAAUUUGGAGACCUGUUCUGUAGAUUAAUGACGCAAGUCAAGGCGGGCCCUCACGGAUUUCACUUCACUUUUUGAACACAGAGGCCCUACUGAUGCUGUAUCACUACACACGAUAUUACUGAACGCACAAGACAAACGAAUGGGUGUCCAAUAUUUUUGGAAUAGAUCGCGAUUUUAAAUUUUCCAUUUCAGCAUUUUGUAAAGAUUGGUUUAUAGUUCUUGUGUUUAUAAAAUUAGAGCGCUCUUCAUAUUAGGAAUUUAAGUGGGCCUCUGCACUUCCUAAUGGCAACUAAAUCUGUUGAACUUUAUUCACUAAAACUACAAUGUAUCCAGUCAGCUACAUGUGCCGUUCGACUGUCACAAGUUGAGUAUAAACAAAUAAUUUCUCCACACGCAAUGACAUUUAUUUUUCAAUGUUCUGUCGAUGUAAAUUUCAUGAAAAUAA